AUGCACUGCUAUGUUGUGACAGCCCAUAGGGCUAGUUGUGCACAACUCUCGGUUCGAGGAAGCUUCACCGGCCCCAAAGACACCAACCUCAUCGUCGCCAAGGGAUCGCGUCUGGUCAUCUACACACUCACACCUGAGGGGCUCCAGCCGGUGCUGGACACUGGGAUCUACGGCAGGAUAGCAGCGAUAGAACUCUACACUGUAGCCGGAGCAGAGCGAGAAUCUCUGUACAUCUUGACGGAGAGGCUCAAGUUCUGUAUCGUGGAAUAUGAUAGCAGUACUGGUGAGCUGAUCACAAAGGCCAUGGGUGAUGUUCAGGAUUCAGUUGGGAGGCCGGUCGAUGGUGGGCCCAUAGCGCAUAUUGAUCCUGAACGACGGAUGAUCGGCUUUCUGCUGUAUGACGGACUUUUCAAAGUGAUACCCAUCGACACAAGGAACGGUCAACUUCGAGAGGCUUUCAACAUCCGGCUUGAAGAGCUUCAGGUCCUCGACGUUCAGUUCCUGUACGGGUAUGCGCAGCCAACUAUCGUGCUGCUCUAUCAGGAUCCGAAAGAGAUGAGACAUUUGAAGACAUACCAGGUGUCUAUCAGAGACAAGGAUUUCAUUGCGGGGCCAUGGAGUCAGACAGGAGUGGAGAUUGGAGCCACCAUGAUCAUUCCUGUGCCCACUCCCAUUGGAGGAUGCAUCUUACUGGGCGAACAGACCAUCUCGUAUCUCAAUGGAGAUAAGGGAGACACCAAAACGAUUCACAUGGACAUGACUGUCAUCCGAGCUUGGGGAAAGAUUGACGAGGACGGCAGACGGUAUCUGCUGGGGGACCACCUUGGCCAAUUGUAUGUUUUGGUGUUGGAAUUCGAUGGAAACAAGGUUCUUGGUUUGAAGUUAGACACUCUUGGUGAAACAUCCAGCGCUAAGACGAUAACAUACUUGGACAGCGGUGUAGUAUUCAUCGGCUCCUGCUUCGGAGAUUCUCAAUUGAUCCGACUCCAUCCAGACAAGGAUGAAAAUGACAGCAAUAUCGAAGUCCUUGAAUCUUUCACCAACCUUGGACCCAUUCAGGAUUUCUGCGUCGUCGACUUGGAGAGACAGGGUCAAGGACAGGUGGUGACAUGCAGCGGAACACUGAAAGAUGGCAGCCUGCGUGUUGUGAGGAAUGGGAUCGGAAUCAAUGAGCAGGCAGCCGUGGAACUACCUGGAAUCAAAGGACUUUGGUCUCUGAGAGAAUCGAUUGACGCUCAGUACGACAAGUACCUCAUUCAGAGCUUCGUCAAUGAGACUCGAGUGCUGGAAAUCGCGGAUGAAGAACUUUCAGAAACUGAAAUCGACGGAUUCGAUCACAACGCCCAAACGAUCUUCUGCAGCAAUGUUCUUGGGGAUUGCUUGCUGCAAAUCACCGAAGUCAGCCUGAGACUUGUUAGCACCAAAUCGAAGCAGCUCCUGAAAGAGUGGUUUCCUCCAAAUGGCGAGCGAAUUACAGUGGCUGGUGGCAAUGUACAGCAGGUUGUGCUUACGUCUGGGAAACGCACUUUGAUCUACCUCGAUGUUUCUAAUGGUGAUGUCACCGAGGUGAAACGAAUCGAGAUGGAUCAGGAGAUUGCUUGCUUGAAUUUGAAUCCUCUUGGGGAAAAAUCUGAUCACAACAAGAGCGAUUUUGUGGCAGUUGGACAUUGGAAUCUUUCGUUGUCAAUGCUCAGACUCCCUUCCAUGGAAGUCGUCUGCACUGAAAGCAUCGGAGGGGAUGCCAUCCCAAGAUCACUCCUCCUAGUCACCUUGGAAGGUGUUGACUACUUGCUCUGUGCUCUAGGAGACGGUUAUCUGUUCACCUUUGCGAUUGAUGCUUCAACUGCUCAGAUAGGAGAGCGAAAGAAAAUCUCAUUGGGAACUCACCCAAUGAUCCUCAGCAAGUUCAUGUCGAGAGGAGCAACACACGUCUUCGCUGCAUCUGAUCGACCCACAGUGAUCUACAGCAACAACAGGAAGCUUCUGUUCUCCAAUGUGAACCUCAAGGAGGUCACCCAAAUGGCCCCGUUCAACUCAGAAGGAUUUCCAGACUCGCUUGCAAUCGCUACAGAGACGAGUCUCCGUAUCGGUGUGAUUGAUGACAUUCAAAAGCUUCAUAUUCGAACUGUAUAUCUAAGGGAACAACCAAGGCGGAUUUGCCACCAAGAAUCAUCCAAAACGUUCUGUGUUGCUACUCUCAGUAUCAGGAUCAAUCGGGACGGAGAAGAAGUUGAGGAGCAGUUCAUCAAGCUCUUCGAUGAUCAGACUUUUGAGAUUCUUGACACGUACCAACUUCAAGAGUUCGAGAACACUUGUAGCGUCGAAUGCGCAUCCUUUAGUGAUGACCCAACUCUGUACUACAUUGUUGGAACUGCGACUGCGGUACCACAGGAGUCGGAGCCCAAGGAAGGAAGGCUGUUGGUAUUCGAAGUGAUCGAUAGGAAAUUGCACCUGAAAGCCUCCAAGGAGAUCAAGGGGGCUCCCUAUCAGAUUAAACCGUUCAACGGAAAAUUGCUGGCUGGGAUCAACUCAAAGAUCGAGCUCUUUCGCCUGUCCGACUCCGACACGGGUCACAUGGAACUUGUAUCGGAGUGCUGUCAUCGCGGCCACAUCCUUGUGCUCUACCUUCAAACGCGCGGGGAUUUUAUCGUUGCGGGCGAUCUGAUGCGCUCAAUCUCACUGCUCACCUACAAGCAAGUGGAUGGUCAGAUCGAGGAGAUCGCGAGAGAUUUCAAUGCCAACUGGAUGACUGCAGUGGACAUCCUCGACGACGACACAUUUCUGGGGGCCGAAGGAUACUUCAACUUGUUCACAGUCAGAAAGAACACAGAUGCAACAUCCGACGAAGAACGCGCGAGGCUUGAAGUAGUCGGCGAGUAUCACCUGGGGGACAUGGUGAACCGCUUCCAAAGGGGAUCACUUGUUCUUCGAAGCAGUGACACGCCGACAACAGACACCAUCAUAUUCGGCACAGUGAACGGGAUGAUCGGGGUCAUUGCCGUGCUCUCCAAGGAGGAAUACGAGUUCUUGCUCAAAGUGCAGGAUGCGUUGAACUUCGUCAUCAAGGGAGUUGGGGGCCUUCGACAUGAAGACUGGCGAUCCUUUGAGAACGAGCGGACGCAGGGAGCGCGGGCACCCAAGGGCUUCAUAGAUGGAGACUUGAUCGAGUCCUUCCUGGACCUGAGAAGAGAAAAGAUGGAGGAGGUCUGCCACGCCAUCGGCAGCAUCACAGUGGAAGAGCUCUCAAGGAAGAUCGAAGAGCUGCAGAGGCUACACUAG